CCUAAUCCGGCGCCCGCCUGGGAGCGGCGCAGCCCGGCGGUGGCGACUUCUCCCGGGCCAGGAGGAGCCCAGGCGGCUUCUCCUCCGCUUCUUCCUCCUCCUGCCACGAUAAAAGAUCUCUUGAAAGAAGACUGCAAAGAAGCAGAACUGGUUCCAUUCCUCGGUGGCUGCCCGGCUCAGGAGCCGGAAGAAGAUACCCAGAAACAUCGAAUCCUGGAGCGUCCAGAGGCUGAGAUGACCAGCAUGGCCGCUAGGACCCACCCUGAAGAGACGGAUCAGAAGGCGUUCCAUCGCCCCAGGCCGUUGGACUUCAAUAUUGCUCCUCCAGCACCUUCCAGUCCCUCCCGGCCGAGAAGCCCCUGGGGCCGACUGGACCCCUAUGAGUCCGAGGAGGGUGACAAACAGUACAUUGGUUUUGCGACCCUGCCAAACCAGAUCCACCGCAAAUCUGUGAAGAAGGGCUUUGAAUUCACCCUUCUGGUGUCAGGAGAAAGUGGUCUGGGGAAAUCCACGCUUAUCAACAGCCUCUUCCUUACAGAUUUAUACAAAGACCGGAAAUUGCUAAAUGCUGAAGAACGCAUCCUGCAAACGGUGGAGAUCACAAAGCAUGUGGUCGAUAUUGAGGAGAAAGGCGUGAAGCUCCGUCUGACCAUCGUGGAUACGCCGGGCUUUGGGGAUGCCAUCGAUAACACAGAGUGCUGGAAGCCCGUGGCGGACUACGUCGACCAGCAGUUCGAGCAGUACUUUCGGGAUGAAAGCGGCCUGAACCGGAAGAAUAUACAAGACAACCGGGUCCACUGCUGCCUCUACUUCAUCUCCCCCUUUGGGCAUGGGCUUCGCCCCCUGGAUGUGGAAUUCAUGAAGGCGCUCCAUCGACGGGUCAACAUCGUCCCGGUCUUGGCGAAAUCGGAUACCCUCUUGCCUUCAGAGGUGCUGAGGAUGAAGAACAGGAUCCGUGAUGAGAUUGAUCAGUUCGGGAUAAGGAUCUACCAGUUUCCUGAGUGUGAUUCAGAUGAAGAUGCUGAUUUCAAGCUUCAAGAUCAAGCGCUCAAGGUGAGCGGAAGAAAAGGGACCACUCCUUUCCCUGUUAGUUUUUUUUUAAAUAAAUAAA